AUGGGUUUCGGAAAAGUCGGAACAGAGGUGGCAAGACGAGCCAAGGGACUCGGCAUGAACGUUAUCUCCCACGACCCUUACGCUCCAGCAGACAGAGCCAGAGCUCUUGGUGUCGAACUUGUCUCCUUCGACCAAGCUAUCUCCACCGCUGACUUCAUCUCCCUACACAUGCCGUUAACUCCCGCCACCAAGAAGGUUUUCAACGACGAGACCUUCUCCAAGAUGAAGAAGGGAGUUCGUCUCAUCAAUGUAGCUAGAGGCGGUGUCAUCGAUGAGGAUGCGUUAGUUAGGGCUCUUGACUCUGGUGUUGUGGCUCAGGCAGCUUUAGAUGUGUUCUGUGAGGAGCCACCAUCUAAAGAGAGUAGAUUGAUUCAACAUGAGAAUGUUACUGUCACACCUCAUCUUGGAGCUAGCACCAAAGAGGCACAGGAAGGUGUAGCCAUAGAGAUAGCAGAGGCUGUAGCAGGGGCAUUGAGAGGAGAGCUAUCAGCUACUGCAGUCAACGCUCCAAUGGUUGCUCCUGAGGUUUUAUCCGAACUGGCUCCUUACAUUGUCUUAGCUGAGAAGCUUGGAAGGUUAGCUGUGCAGCUAGCAUCUGGAGGUAAGGGAGUACAGUCCAUUAAGGUUGUGUACCGUUCAGCUCGUGACAGAGAUGACUUGGACACUAGACUACUCCGUGCUAUGAUCACAAAGGGAAUCAUUGAACCCAUCUCAGACUCUUAUGUCAACCUGGUGAAUGCUGACUUCAUAGCCAAGCAAAAGGGUCUCAGAAUCAGUGAGGAACGAACCGUGGUUGAGUCAUCACCAGAGUACCCUGUUGACUCCAUCCAAGUUCAGAUUUCUAACGUGGAGUCCAGUUUCGCUGGUGCUGUCUCUGAUGGGGGAGCUAUAAGUAUUGAAGGGAAGGUGAAGUAUGGAGUUCCGCAUUUGACUUGCGUUGGUUCGUUUGGUGUGGAUGUGAGCCUUGAAGGGAAUCUGAUACUGUGCAGACAGGUGGAUCAGCCAGGGAUGAUAGGGCAAGUAGGUAACAUACUUGGAGAGCAGAAUGUGAAUGUGAGUUUCAUGAGUGUUGGAAGAACGGUUGUGAGGAAACAAGCUAUCAUGGCGAUAGGAGUUGAUGAAGAACCAGAGAAGAAGGCACUUGAGAGGAUUGGUGGUGUCUCUGCGAUUGAAGAGUUUGUGUUUCUGAAACUAUGA